GUUCAACAACUGCCGUGCUCCCAACCACGAUCCCUUUCACAGACACAAAUCCUUAUCCAGCCUCCAUGGACAGCACGAGGUUCUCCAUGGCAGGCAAAGCUCAAGGCUACGGCAGCAAGGCCACAGGAGGAAAGGGCGGAGACCUGUAUGUUGUCACAAACUUCUCUCCGAUCGAUGAGAGAGGCACACUCCAGUAUGCUCUAGCCCGGYCGGAGCCCCUGUGGAUCGUCUUCGACCAGGCUGCUGCUGACAAGGCACCCCAGAAAGAUGGAAGCCCCAUGAUUGACUACAGUGGCAUCGCCAUCACGCAGGACUCGAAGAGGCAGCUGCGUGUCUCAUCAAACAAGACCAUUGAUGGCCGCGGGUUACGGAAACCUGUAGUCAUAUUCGGUGCUGGUCUUCUGAUAGAGAACGACACCAAGAAUGUUAUUGUCUGCAACAUGUCUUUCGAUGGCGCUUUCUCCCAAGGAAAGGGAGGAAAGCCAGACUUCGACAUCCCCGGGGAGAAGAGCAACGACAUUGAUGCUAUCAAAAUCACGGGGAACAACGCCGGAAGCAAAUCACCCUCUGAUAUUUGGAUCGACCGUGUCACCUGCAAGAACUUUGUGGAUGGGCUAAUUGACAUAACCCGGGGAGCCACUAACGUUACCAUCUCUCGAUGCCUGUUUUCAGCUCACAACAAGGCCAUGUUGUUCGGAGGAAGCGACAAGCUUGGUGACGUCGAUMAGAGGAUAAGAGUGACACUUCAUCAUAAUAUGUUCGACGGGUGUGGACAGCGCCAUCCCCGCCUGCGCUUUGGCUUCGUCCACAUGUACAACAACUGCCUCCGGCGAUGGAAAUCCUCCGCUGUGGGUCUCGGAACGCAGGGCCAAAUUCUUAUGCAACAGAACUACUUUCUCCAGGGAUCAAGUGACACAGUCCUGGACCUCAAACCUGUGGGCAGUGAUGAUACGCACGGGAUCAUGUCCAGUGGAGACAUCUACAGCCCUGUCUCACUCGACAUCAAUGGCAAUCGCAAGUUCGACCAGGUUCGCAAGAACUUCCACCUUGUCGAGGGAGUCUCUCAGAGAGGCACCCCUCUCACUGUGGAGAAAAUACCCAAUGGACCAUCCCUGGAGAAAAAGCUAGACACUAUAGUUGGGGCUGCUGAUGGAAAUCGGUUCCUCGAUUUAAUCUUCUAGUUCUUUGCUGCAGCUGGAUAAAAGAGGUGACGAUCA